AUGUCAUCUGUCAACGCCCAACAAGGCUCGGCCGCAAGCAUGGCAGUAAAUGCUCGUCCAGCAGAAUCACGAGACGUGUCGAAGGCCCGGGCGGCUGCGUACUCUCACGACAACGUCUUUGCUCGUAUUCACGCCCGCGGCGAAGAUCCCGGCGCCGGUAUCGGUGGUGAUGGUCAAGCUGAGGCAGACCUUGAAGAUCUCGAGAUAUAUAUGACCGCAUACCAACCGCCAGCUGGUAAGGGCGAUGGUACCCAGGUCGAUUCGCGGGUUCAGUAA